UAUACACCGCAGGACGCGCCAUUCAACCGCACUGUAGUCACAUGAGAGAAGAAGACGGCGUUUUUAUUGUUAGUCGCCGAUUUACAGGGUAACACAGUCCUGAUGGUCUCAGUUCUUCAGCCGCAUUCACUGCGAGACGCCAGGAUGAGGCUUUUUCUUCUGCUAGGACUGAUUUUCUUCACAUAUGCAGCUGAAGAGUCGUGUAUUGAACGAUGUGAAAAUGGGUUUGACGCCACCAAGAGCUGCCAGUGUGACACUAUGUGCACAUACUACAAGAGCUGUUGCAAAGACUAUGAAUCCUUAUGUCGUAUUAGGUCUCGUGGAGACACCUUUCCUUCUUCCCCUGAGGAUGAUUAUGAUGAGGAAGCAAACAGCACAGAGGCACCAAACAGAUCCAGAUCACAGCACAAAAUUGUGACCCAGUCUCCAGCAACCUUUGCUGAAAUAUUCAGCCUAUUAACACCAGCUUCACAAAUCACAGAUUUGACGUUAAGUGAUAACACAACACCAGAGAUUGCCACUGCUGCCACUCCAACUACACAAUUCAGAUUAGCCUCCACCAUUAAGAACCCACGCACAACCUCAACUUCUGAACCCACACCAACAAGAGCCAAAGACCCUGACGCUGAGGUCUGCAGUGGCAGACCCUUUGACUCCUUCAUGCAGCUCAAAAACGGCUCUAUAUACGCAUUCAGAGGACAAUAUUUUUUUGAGCUUGAUGAGAAAUCAGUAUUACCCGGGUACCCAAAGCUCAUCGAAGACAUCUGGGGAAUAAAAGGUCCAAUAGAUGCUGCCUUCACUCGCAUAAACUGCCAAGGAAAGACAUACAUCUUCAAAGGUAAAAAAUACUGGAGGUUUGAAGAUGGAGUACUAGAUGAAGAUUUCCCACGAGAAAUAUCUGUGGGAUUUGAGAAUAUACAAGACCAUCUGGAUGCUGCCUUUGCCAUUCCUGCUCACAGCCAUCACGGCAAAGAGAAGGUUUAUUUUUUUAAAGGAGACCAGUAUUACCAGUAUGAGUUCAAGCACCAGCCAUCCCAUGAGGAGUGCAUUCAGAUGUCAUUGAGAUCUCCCUCAGCACUCUUCCGCAGAUACACUAAUAUUUACUAUGACCGAUGGGUUGAGCACUUCAGCCAGCUCUUUGGUGGAGCUCUCAGUCAUCAUGGUGGCCAUCACUUCAUCAACAAAGACUGGAUUGGAAUCAAAUCUCCUGUGGAUGCUGUGCUAGCCGGAAGACUCUACGUCACUCCAAGAUGGCCCAGCAGAAGGCGUCAGGACAGAAAUCGGCAGGAUUGGGACCAGCAGUGGGGCCAACGGUAUGGGCAGCAGUGGAACCAACGUUAUUGGCAGGAGUCAGACCAACGUUAUGGGCAGGAGUGGGACCAGCAGCGGGGCUCCAGGCGCAGGCAGAAUAGGUCACCAUAUUGGGAGACUAUGGCUGAGAGGGGCAUCAGCAUUGGACAGGAGUUUGCUCAGAGGUUUGGGCAGGACAGGUGGCGAGACCAGGACAGACGCAGAGACUAUUAUCAUAGACAAAAUGACUAUGAUUAUGACUACAGAUACAGACCUUCUGAAGACAUCGCCUAUGACAUACUGCGCAGGAGUCAGCCUUUACAGAGUGUCUACUUCUUCAAAGGAGAUAUGUACUACAGAGUGAAUCUCCGAACGAAACGGGUUGACUAUGCAAACCCUCCAUAUCCAAGACCUAUUGGAAAAUACUGGCUUGGCUGCAAAGACAAGCCAGGAGCAGAAAAGAGAUGAGUCCAACUCGAAAAGACAUUUAAUAGUAUUUAUCAUACAAGAAAAAUAAGCUGCAUUUGUACGGUCAAUGAUAAGAGUGAACAGAAGGCCCUUUUGGAAUCUCUCCACAAAUAGAAUGACAUUCAUAAUGUUCUACAGGUGCACCCC